AGUCGAGUUCACAUCAGCGAUAACAACGUAACCCUAUCAGCGCGAUAGUGAUGAAAACGCCUAGGCUGCAAUCCUUUGAAGAUAAAUUCCAAAUUAUCAUUUAAUUUCUGUGUGCAAUUAAGCACGGUUGAUAUUGAUAAUCAAAUUUCAUUAGUUUUAAGUAUUUACCAUUACCUUUGGGAAUUUGUUGGAAACAGCAUGAAAAAGCUGGGAACCAUUCGCGUUUUACUGUUUCCUUGUUAAUAGUUGAUGGGGAAAACGAAUUGACCCAGUUGGAACAAGAACACCAAAUGUGGCUGAACUCAGUAGCUACGAAGAACAGUGAUAUGUUGCCUAUUGGAAAGACGUCGUCAGAGCCUGUAGACGAAGAUGAAGAUGAAGAAGAUGAGGAGGAACAUGAAGAUGAUGACAGCGAAAGUCGUGAAGCAGAAGACAGUGAUAUAGACUCCUUUACUGUCAAUGGGCCAAACUUUAAUCGUGACCUUGGUGAAGGUCCACCUAGACUUGCCAACCUUACUAUGGAUCUCAGUGAAUAAAAAGUCAAGCAAUGUGCAUUAGAGUUGCAUGUUUCAUUAAAAUUAAAUGGUCAAUUAGAAAGCAAGGUAUCCGAAUGACUACAUUUCAAUUAAAGAAUGAUGAACUGUUUGAAAGUUUAAAAAAAUGCUGUCACUGUUUAAGUGAAAAUAUGCAAUUUCAGUGGGAAAUAGUCUUGUCAAAUAAUAUUUUUCGAUUCUUUAAAACUUGAAUAACAGUAAUAACGAAUCGUAAUAACAAUUAUAUCUAAGUUUAAAAUGAUUUACGGAGAAACGCUGCUUGACUCGAGUAUUUCUUGAUUGUAUGAGUUUCAUCUAGUUAUAAACAGGUAUUUAACGUAAGGACGGGAAACUUUUUUGCUGUCUUGUAUUUCUUUCUUACCGCCGUUUCGGAUCAUUUUGAUACAACCACUGAAGCGA